AUAUAUUUUACACUCGCGUCACUUGUCAGGGAUAGAGGGGGAGACCGAGAGUAUAAUCAGAAACAUGAACCCGAUGUCGAUCUGUACUCCAUCAUCUUCUUCUUCGUCCUCUUCUGGAUCUUCAAUCUCAACCAAAGCAUGGAUCGUUCACGGCGUCGUAAUCGGAGCUGCGGUGGCGGUGGCACUCGGCGCUCACGCAUACCUCUAUCUCCGCCUCGGAUCCAGCAAGUUCCGGAGCCGAGUCGUCGGAAUCAUUCCUGUUCGUUUCGCUUCCUCUCGCUUCCAAGGCAAACCUCUCGUUCAGAUCCUCGGAAAACCUAUGAUCCAGAGAACAUGGGAACGGGCAAAAAUGGCAACUACAUUGGAUCAUGUCGUUGUGGCAACCGAUGAUGAAAAGAUUGCUGAAUGCUGUCGAGGAUUUGGUGCUGAUGUGAUAAUGACAUCAGAAUCUUGCCGAAACGGUACUGAGCGUUGCAAUGAAGCACUACAAAAGCUCAAGGAAAAAUAUGAUGUUGUCGUCAAUAUUCAAGGGGAUGAACCUCUAAUUGAUCUGGAAGUAAUAGAUGGGAUUGUCAAAGCGCUGCAGGCAACCCCAGAUGCAGUGUUUAGCACUGCAGUCACAUCUUUGAAACCUGAAGACGCAUUUGAUCCGAACCGAGUGAAAUGUGUAGUGGAUAAUCGUGGCUAUGCAAUCUAUUUUUCAAGAGGACUGAUGCCAUAUAAUAAGUCGGGGAAGGUCAAUCCGCGGUUCCCAUAUUUGCUUCAUCUUGGGAUUCAGAGCUACGAUUCGAAGUUCCUCAAGAUAUAUCCAGAGCUACCGCCCACUCCACUGCAACUGGAAGAGGAUCUGGAACAGCUGAAAGUCCUUGAGAAUGGCUAUAAGAUGAAGGUCAUAAAGGUUGACCAUGAAGCUCAUGGUGUUGACAUCCCAGAAGAUGUUGAAAAGAUAGAACAGUUUAUGCGCGAACGAAACCUGUCUUAGUUCUGGCAAAAAUGCAACGAGGCACGUUAGAAUAUAAUCUGGUAUUUUCUGCCUAGAAGUCUACUUUUAAUUCAUUUCACUUAGAAAUCAGUGGCACGUUCUUCUUCAUUUAGAGCUCUGUCUUGUUCUAUAAAAUUACUUCACUAAAAUCUACUGUAUCAAAUCCCUGUUUUUAUACAAAGUUAAAAGAUGUGCUAUGCCUGUAACCCUAGCUUCAAGAUCUUCAUUGAUGCAUAUUAUGCCUAGUAGUUGUUUUUUUGUUUUUUGGUGUCAUUUAUAGAUGUUGUGAUUAUGUUUAUUAUUUAUGAGAGAAUUGAAAUAUAGGCUGAUGUACUAUGAAAGUUCGUGGAAAGUUCUCAUGGUUAUGGAUUCAGUACUUCCAUGGCA